AUGCAGUUCCUUAACCUCGCCAUCGCCACUGCUGUUCUCGCUGCCCUUACUGGCGCCGCUCCCCUUCCUCAGGAGGAAGCCCCCACUGGCACCUUCUCAGGAAUGCCUUCCGGCGUUGCCCCCACUGGCAGCUUCCCAUCAGGAGCUGCUCCAUCCGGCGGAAUGGGAGGCGGUAUGGGCGGUGGCCCGCGACCAUCAGGUGCCAUGCCCUCCGGUGCUAUGCCAUCCGGUGCUGCUCCUUCGGGCGGUAUGGGCGGUGGCCCAAGACCAUCAGGUGUCUUCCCCUCCGACGGUGCCAUGCCUACUGGUGGAGCCGGUGCCGCGCCCACUGGUACCGGUGUCGCUGCUGGAAUCGCCGCUGUCUCUGGGACUGGUGCUGCGUUCCCGACAGAGCUUCCUAGUGGCUUCCCCACGGCCUUCCCAAGCGGCUUCUUAACUGCUUUCCCCACUGGAGUCUUCCCUGCCUCUGGCUCUGCGGCCCCUACUGGUGGUGCUGGCUUUGGUGGGCACCACGGUCACGGCCACCAUAGUGGAAUGCCCUCUGGUGCUAUGCCCUCUGGUGCCGCUCCUUCAGGUGGCGCUUUCCCAUCAGGCGGUGCCUUCCCAUCAGGCGGUGAUGCGUUCCCCUCUGGUGCCAUGCCAACCGGCGCUGCUCCUUCAGGCGCUAUGCCUUCCGGUGCUGCUCCCUCUGGUACUGCCUAA